UUUAUCUUUUCUGCUGGUACUUGCUAGCUCACAGCUGCAUUUUGAAAACCAAAUGAGAAAAGCGACAGAAUGUGAACAGUCAGCGGGCCUAACGUCGGCCUGUUACUGUUACCGAGCGCCCCCGGUUUCUCUGCUCCUGUCGCUUUGAAGUUUAGACGUGUCCGUGAGUUUUGAAGGCGUCUCAUCAUGUUGAGCGGCGUCGCUUUGCGCUCUCAGAUCGCCUCCGUCAUCGAUGCCAUGGCCAAAGCAGCCGUGGCGGAACUCUCCAAGGUUGUGGAGGAAGGUGUGGUGGUGCUGCGGCUGGAAAUGUGUCAGCGGGAGGAUGAGAUCAAGAGGCUGAAGAGCACCGUGGACGUCCUGCAUAACGAGCUGAGAGCAGCCCGCUACGCGGUGACCCUGCGCCCCGACCGGCUCCACGGCAGAGAGGAAAGUCAAAGUAAGGUUGGAGAUGAGAGGACCCUGGUGCAUCCCAGUGAAAACCACAGCAUCCCAUCUGAACCUGAAGUGAAGGUGAAACGUGAACUUGUUGAGGAGAGAAACAAAGAACCCAGAGGACAAAAGGACAAGCCAGGAGAGGAGUGUCUAUAUGAAGGUGGGCAGUGGAGAUCAGCAACACACAAAGAGACGGGAUGCAGCAACUCAAACUAUCUAACUUUAGGACAGCACAUGUCGUGCCUCUCUGAGUCCUCUCUGGGUGGAGGGCUGACGUUGUCCUGCAGCGACUCUGGAGGUUUUCAGCAGAGCCCGUUCAGCCGUGGCUUGUUGGGUUACAGCCAGUACAGAAACGCAGUCCGGAGGAGGACCGUGAAGAGGCUGAUGUUUAAGAAGCGUUUCAUCUGCCCGUACUGUGGCAAAUGUUUCGAUCGUGCCGGACAUCUGGAGAGACACAAGAGGAUUCAUACGGGUGAGAAACCGUAUCGCUGCGAGAUUUGUUCCCGACGCUUCAAUCAGAAAUGCAGCCUGAAGGAGCACAUGAAGCUUCACAGAAGAUAUAAUGAGUUACAACCAGAGGGGCUCCAGGUUGGCCAACAAAUCCUAAAUCUGGAGGGGAACCCGCGCAUUGAUCCACACCCCCCUCAGGAAACAGGCCUGACCCAGACUGAGAACCGAACACGGACCGAGGAGAACCUGCCAACACCUGUUCAAGUCAAAUCUGAGCCUGCUGAGGAAAAUGUAACACGGCCUCAGUUUCACGAGGAAAACGAACAAACGGCGAACAGAACUCAAAACUUCACAUUUGAAAGCGACGGACAAAUAUGGGCGUCUGGAUUACAGAAUAAUCCAGAGUCGAGCAGCUCAGAACUCCCGAGCAGCUCGACGCAGAACAUGUCUUCCUUCCCUAACAUAGCUCAGUUACUCCAACCGCCAGCAGAAGCUUCUUGUAGCAACUUCUCUUUCCAAGACAAACUGAAAAACAGCACCGUUUCCCAAAUGUCGUAUGGCUCCUCAGGUUCGCUCGUCAUAUCCAGUAACCCCAUUUCACAAAGCCUGUCGGAGGCCCCGGUGAACCACCACCGACAGACGAUGAGCAGGUCCAUCCGGGUUCUGAAACCCAAGAAAUGCUUCAUUUGCUCGUACUGCGGGAAGACCUUCGAGCGAGUCGGACACCUGGAGAGACAUCUUCGGAUUCACACGGGAGAGAAGCCAUACGGUUGUCAUAUCUGUGGGAGGUGUUUCAAUCAGAAGAGCAGCCUUAAAGGUCACAUGAAGACUCACAGAAAUGGGGAGACCUCAGAUGUGCUGAAUGCUCAUCACCUGAUGCUCACAGUGCCUGAUAAUCAGCUCCUGGAGAACUUUGCAGAACCUGGUAACGGCCAAGCAUCUGCAGAGGAACUCGUCCCUGGCCCUGCGUACGUCGACGGUCUACAAGAGGAAGCAGUGAUGGUGAAGCUGGAGCCCAACACUGAGGAUUUUCUCUCUGCAAGUCAGAUUAGAACAGAUAAUGGCACAGCAGCAUCUGACGAAAGUCACAUGUGGACGUCUGUAGCAGAAGAAAGCACUGACCCCCCUGAUCAGACAGUCUGUGUACUUGUACAAAAUGUGAAGUAUCACCUUGGUUCACCUGCAGGAGGUGCCGAUGAGCUGCAGCGGGACGUUUCGAUUAAAGACUCGACUUGUCCAGACAACAGAGAAAAAGAAGAGCAGUGUUCAAUCAUGGCGUUGCAGCCAAGGAGCUCAGACGUGGCUGACGCUCUAAAGCUAAACGAUUCACAGGAGGCGGUUGUGAGCGAUUACUGCUCAGUGAACCAAGAUGGAGCGUUUGAGUUUAAUAUGGCAGCUUCAGGCAGCUUUGAGGACACCUGCGGCGUGGACGCCACCAGGCAAAGCAGUUACAUUUGUUCAAACUGCGGGCAAAGCUUCGGUAGUUUCAGUAAAUUUCAGGAGCACCAGUGUGAACCCCCCCUGGUGACAGCUUUAGGUUGUGAGAUUUGUGGGAAAACCUUUAAUCAGAUGAGCAUCCUGAAACUGCACCUUAAACUACAUGUAAAAUAA